AUGUCUUCGAAGAAUUUAACACAACUGAUUGAGAAAACGAUAUUUAAAAACUCCCUCUGUGGUAUUUGGACCCAAAGAGAAUUGUUUGAAUGUGAUAGCGAAGAAAAUGUUUUUGAAGAAAUCUUCGAUAACCAUUUAAUUGAAACGUCAAAACACAUGGAUUGGAACUCAGGAAAUAUUCCAGUGUAUCAAAACAGUAUAAUUGAGGACAACGACAAAACAGAUUAUUUUGACAGUGAGGACGAAUACUGGGAGAAUCAUACCUCGACAAUGGAGGACAACUUUUAUUUAGAUGCAUAUGAAGAAGAAUAUCUUUCUCCUUCUAUGGACACAAGAAAUAAUGGAAGAUUCAGUAAAGGUGUAGAACAAUACGUGAACAUGCCAGUCUUUCAAAAGUCUUUGAGAAAGUUUGCAGUUGAUAACAGUUUUGAGGUAAAAGAUGUUGUUUCCGAUGGGAACUGUAUGUUUCGAGCUAUAGCUGAUCAGUUGCUAAUAAAUGGAUGCCUUGGGCAUACAGCAGAAUCUCUCAGACAUACAGCAAUAGAAUAUCUGAGACAGUAUCCUUUCCAAGAAGACAAAGGUCAUCCUUCUUCAUUUUUAUCAGAAGAAAAAUGGGAAGAAUAUCUUAAAAGAAUGUCGAAGUCUGGUGAAUGGAGCGACCACAUUAUUUUACAGGCUGUAGCUGACUCGCUAUUCCUUGAAGUCAUCGUCUUCAACGUGUACCAUGACGACAUAUACCGGACCGAAGUCAAAGGAAAAAUGAACAAGCAUGAUCAAAAUCGUUUGACAAUAUUUCUUGGUCACCUUGGAGAGUUCCAUUAUUUGAGUUUGCGUCCAAAACUAUGGCAAAGGCACUGGCCAUAUAAAGCAUUGAUACUAAGGAUCCUAGCUUGUUCAAAAGGCUUAGAUACCAAGACAAAGAAACAUCUUAUAAUAGAAAAGGUUACAAGUAAGUGCGAUGAAAGAUUCAUACCCGAAACAACACUAAACGGUGUUGCUGGUUUUGCAGUUCAUAGCAUACGUGAAAAUGAAACUGGGGAGGAAACUUUGGAUGAAAAAAGCAAUGAGAGCAGCGGCAAAAGCACAAUGAACUUUCGAUCAUACCAUCCAGUCGACCUACAGUUAGAAGAAACUGAAGAGUCGAUCCAAGGUCUAAUAGAGGAUGAAAUGCAUAUCGAUCCUCUCACAGGGGUUCCAUUAACGCAUUUAUCGUUCAUAAUGAAAAUUCUCUUACCUAAAACACUAAAAGAGACUUACAACACAGCAGAUGGUCGUCUCUUCUGUUUAAGGGACGAUCAGAGGAUAUUUUAUCACUUUAGAGGCCCUUGGUGUAAUCCAUGCUAUUUUACAUUAAGAGACAUAACCAGAUCGCAGAAAAUGCAAUCGUUCUACAAUAAACGUUAUAGAAAAAUGCCAAAAGUUGUUAUUAUAAGAAGAGACAAAACUAUCGGGCAUGCAGAUCAAGCGUUCGAACAAUUUUCAUCACAUGUGUAUGUGGAGUCAUCAGACACCCACCCUGGCUACUGCAGACUUAAACUUCCAAAAUGUCAAGCAACAUGCAAAGAGGAUUAUAUUUUUCAAACUGGUUCAAGUAUUUAUCUUCAAGCAUACGACAUUCCAGAAAGUCUUAAAUCUCUACCUAAUUUUCGUCGAUCAGAAAUACAGUAUGUAGGUAUUUGUUGCCCAUUUCCGACAUGUGAAUGGAAAGAGCGGAAAAGAAACUAUGAUUUUCCGUCUCCUGAUCUCGUUUAUCGUAUUUUACAGAGAGGUUGCACGUUAAUUCCGAAACCUCACCCAAAAAGUAAAAAUCCUACGAUAGAAUGGAAAUACAAUUUUUCCAUGGCAAAGUUCAUAAUCAUGGAAAACCUUACGGAGACACAGCAGUAUGGGUAUUUUAUACUGAAGGUGUUACUCGAAAAUAUUACCUUUCACCUCAAUCAAUCACUGAAAGUUAAGCAUUUAAGAGCCGUCUUUUUACGUUCAUGCGAGGAAAUGCCUUCUAGCGCUUGGGACACUUGCUUUAGUGGCUGUGUAUUGUAUGUCAUCAGUAAACUGAUAUCCAACUUGAAAACAAGGUUUCUACCCCAUUAUUUCAUUCCUACUAAUAACCUGAUUGACUGUUUUUCAGACAACGACAUAAACGCUUUGUGUAUCUGCAUAGAAUCGCUUCGUUUAUUUCCAGCAAACAUAAUACAAUUUGUUGCUGAAAAACAUGGACAUAUGUAUGGAGCAAAUUUGGUAAGAAUCGUUCUUUCAGAUAUUCCAACUUUUGUGCAAACUAUGAAAUUAAGAGCCACCGUUGAAAAUACGUUUAUUCCAAUAUCCAUACGCACCGCAAAGGUUCUCUCAAGGAUGGGACAUUAUGAAACAGUAUCCCAACUCCUAAAAGACACAUAUGAACUUCUGCUUCUUUUACCAGAUUCUGAGGCCAAUCCUCCAAACUUUUUAGAUUUUAUUGAAGGAAUAAUCGACCAAAUUGAUCAACGAUCAUCUCGAAUCAUACUAGCAAAAGCGUCUGACCGAGAACUUGGAGGUAAUUUGGCGGCUAAACAAAAACCAGAGGGUGUUUUACUACUAGAAAACCUCAUACCCUGGAGAAUAGAUGAUUUAAUCAGUUGGUUACAAAUCCCGUGCGACAAAGCUGUAGAUUUUACAUCAAUAGCAAACUUCCUAUAUGAAUACAGUAUUGCAGAGUAUGACAAAAGAAACGUCACGUUAAGUCUAUCUGCUGUCGAAUCAGCCAUACGCUGUUUAAAGCAUGCAGUCGAACAAGACUUUUUAGAUGUGAGUACCAUCGAAGAUGAAGCAUUGAAAGCAGAAAUUAUUUUACAGACUCGUGUACUAAAGGAAAGACUAAAUCACUACUACAUGCAAAUGUUCUUUGCUUCACGAUUAGAAUUACGCAGAUAUCCCUUGAUGGAUUAUAUGAGUGACAUAGAAAAACAAUGUGAAGAAUUCCCAAACAUUUCCGGCAUGGCCAGCAAAAUGUUUUUUUAUCUUAAAAUGCCAGAAAAGAAGAAGGAAUAUGAUAUGAAAUACAGGGCUACCUUUCAGAAUUAG